AUGACAAGAACACAAGUGGUAUGUGGAGAACAAGUUGCCUUCUUGAAGAAUAACCCAGACCCAUGUCCAUUGAACUUCUUUAAAGAGUAUAAUUAUCGUAAAAAGUUGACUGCCUAUAAUGAUUAUGUAUUGUGGUUGAAAAAAGCGUUGCAAGAGGACCCUGAUUCGGAGAAGCUAUUAGAAUUAAAGAGAUGCUUAGACAAUAAAAAGUAUAAAAAUGACUGGAAACGAUAUGAAGAGUGGAAGAAAAACAAAAAUGCAAACGUAAAAAAACAAAAAAGAGAUGAUAAUGUCUCAUUUGAUGGGCAAUUAAGUGAUGAACUAAUUAGUAAAGCUAAGAGCGACGAUGAUGACUCUUUAGUAUCCCAGGAUAGCGAUAGUGAUAAAGAGUUGAUCAAUACAGACACAUUAGGUUAUGAUAGAUUGGUAUUUCUUUUUAAUGAUUCAAACAAAGACGUAAUUGUGGGAAAAAUUGACGAAAGCACCCUUGAGAAAGAAAGUGAAUUACCAAAAGCACGUGAUAAGGGUCCAUCCAAGUUGAUAUAUGCAGACUUGUUGAAUGCAUUCCGCCAAUACCAAAAUAAAAUUCCCCAAAAUCACAAACAAUUGUCCCAAGAUUUUGCAAAUCAUGUAGAGUGGAAAUGUGAACCAGCACCAAUAAACAUACAGAAUUAUUUUGACAAUCAUUGCGAAAAACUUGACAAUACUGAUGAAAAUAAACAUUUCGAUACAAACAUAUAA